GCGGUCAGUGAGCGUGGAGGCGCGCGCAGAUAGAGAUGGGUUCCCAGACCGAGUGAGGAGGAGCGCGGGUGACGGUCCUUCAUUGUGGGAAGAGUCAGAGCGCGCGGACACAUGCUGCUGCCUGUGAUCAGCUGAUCGAUCUGUGUGAUUAUUGAUGAUCAGGAUUAUAACCCGGAUUAAACUCUGUUUCGAAUUAACACUGCACGUGAGGAGCAGCGCGCAGACAUGACGCAGAGGGUAGGACCGAUCUGAUUGAUUAUUGAAUAAUCUGUGAAAGGUGUGCGUGAGAAUUUGAUAUAAAUUUAUUUAUUAAUAUCCUGGGUAAAUAUCGGAUUAUGAUGCCCAAUACUAAAUGUAAUACAAUUUUUAAAAAGGAUUUUUUUCCAUCUUCAGAUGAAAAUCUGAGAGAAGUCGUGAAUGGAUAUUAAUCUGAGGGACCUGGAAAAAAGAUGAUCUGAUUUUUUGUUUGUUAUUGUGGGUUAUCUUUUUAGCAGAAAUGUCACAGUCUUUCAUUAAGAAGCUAAUAAUUGUUUGAUAAGUUUUACAUCGAUAAUAUCCUAAUACACGUUAAAACAUUAACUCUGGGCCUUUCUCUAAACGAGUAAAAUAGUCCAGUCAGUAGGUCAGACCCAAACAAAAACUGAUAGUUCAAAUAAUUUACAAAAUUAAAACUGAUUUCUGUCCUCCUGUCUCUGAUAUUUUUACAAUCUAACCCUCCAGUACGAUGACCUGUCUCAUUUCGGGGGGGCCAUGGACGGGGUUGGGGUCCCUUCUUCUAUGUACGGAGACCCGCACGCGCCCCGGCCGCUGCCGCAGGUCCACCACCUGAACCACGGGCCACCCCCGCAUCCCCCGCAGCACUACGGGGCGCACGCGCCGCACAACAUCCUGCCCGCGAGUGUAGGGGGAGUGGUGAACGAUGCGCUAAAACGGGACAAGGACCAAGUCUACGGGUCGGUUCAAUAAUAACAAUAAAAAUAACUAUUAUUAAAAUUACUAUUAUUUGCGUUUUAUUCAGUUCUUUUCUGUAUAGCUUUCAGACCACAUAAACAUCAUGCAUGUUAUUAACAAUACUAUUUUAAAUUAAUUACCAAUUUAUUCAACAUGUAUAGCCUUUUAUUUUAAUGAUUAAAACCAUAUAUUUAUUCUGUGCAGCUCUGUCUGUGCAGGCUUUUUUUUCUGUCUUUAGGGAAGAACGGGAAAAGGUUUCAUGAACUUUUUGGCCUAAAUUAAUUAAUUAGAAUUAUUAAAAUAAAAUUUAUUUGCAUCAUUCUAUUUUACACGUUAAUUUCACACAAUAAACGUCAUUAUUUUACACAUAGAACUGGGCCUGUAUAUUUAUGAGAUUGAAGUGAACUGAUUAGGUUGUAUUUUUUUCCCUUUGCAAAUGAAAUUUUUUUUAGCAGGCAUAGUCAUGUUUAAGCAUAUGAAGUAUUUUAAUGCCAAAUGUUUGAGUGUCUUUUAUAUUUUUAUGAAGGCUAUUCUGAUAAAUCAAGUUUUAGUCUAAAGUAGUCUUUAAUUCUUUAGUCUUUAAUCUUUUUUUUUUUUCAAAUUGGUGAAAAGAAAUAGUGAAAUGAGAUAAAAGAUAAUGUGGACCGUAAUGACCCAGAAGUUUCUCCACGUUCAGUUUAUAUGAGCUUUAUAUGGUCCUGGUUCUGGUCCUGGUCCAUGGUCUGACCCGGUCUCCGUGUUCUUUUUUAGGCAUCCUCUGUUCCCACUCCUCGCGCUUGUCUUUGAAAAAUGUGAGCUCGCGACCUGCACGCCGAGAGAGCCAGGUGUGGCUGGAGGUGACGUCUGCUCCUCGGACUCCUUCAACGAGGACAUCGCCGUGUUCGCCAAACAGGUACGCGCAUGCGCAAAUGUUUCAGCUCGCUGGGCAGCAACGAAACUAGCAGACACGUUUCUCCUCCUCGGUCUUUAAAUAACAAUAUUUCCUGUGUUGCAAUGUAGAUAAUUUUCUUUGAAUACCUGUGUGAUCGUGGUGAAUAAUUAAUUCUUUUUUGAAAACUGAAACAAUAACAAUUAUUUCUUCUUUCUUUUUUAUGAAUUCAGAUCCGCGCAGAGAAACCUCUGUUCUCCUCAAACCCGGAGCUCGACAACCUGGUGAGUUUCUAUAUUUUAUUUGAUGAUAUAAAGCUACCCUAGUUUUAUUUUUCUAUAUGGUUUUAAUAAAUAUACAAGACUUUUAUCAUGGCUGUGCUCAGAGAAAUAAAUAAAAAUCAUUUCUUUAUCCCCAGAUGAUUCAGGCAAUCCAGGUGCUCCGCUUCCACCUGCUAGAGCUCGAGAAGGUACAAUAAAACAAUGUCGUGUCAAACACGUGAUUUGUGUGUAUUCCUGUUACUAAACUGUGAUUGUUAAUCCGCAGGUGCAUGAGCUGUGUGAUAACUUCUGUCACCGGUACAUCAGCUGUUUGAAGGGGAAGAUGCCCAUAGACCUGGUCAUCGAAGACAGGGACGUCUGCAAGGCCGACUUCGACGACCUAUCCGGAUCCUCCACACACCUAGCAGACCAUGUGAGUCCAUGUCAUCCUUAUUUUGAAAAUUAGGCGAUAGCUUUUUGGCUCGGCUUUAUUCUCUAUGUAGAAUCGUUUUUGAGAGGAGUGUUACAGGAUCAGUAGUCAACAAUACACAGAGGAAUCUUAGUUGAUAUUUUCGAUAAUUUUUACCGCAGUUGUUUGUCUGGAGUGUUAUAUUGUGUCUUAAUUUAUGCAGAAAUUUAAAAGUAUCCUAAAUGUUCACUUUCUGUAACAGAGGCCUGUUGCAGCAUCUGUCUUUGAGUCAUGAGAUCAAAAUGAGAAAAACAUGCAGUUAUACUAUUUCAGGGUUUGUGGGCAGUUUUCUCUAUAAAUUAGGUCUCUUAAAGGAUUAUUAUCUUGAUUGUAAACAUCAAUCAUGAUAAACAGCUGAAUUUCAAUUUCAGCUAAUUGCAAUGAUCUAAUUUUGAUUCCUGUGUUUAAACCAAAUCAGUUUAUAGAUCCACAUUAACAGGGAAACCCUGUUUUUUGUUUAUAAGUCAUGAUGUUUUAAGUGUACUGUCCUAUGGUAUGCUAUUUAUCAGGUUUGCUUCGUAAAUUGGGCUUAGUGAGUGAUUCGUUCACUGAACGUUUAGGAGGAUUCACACUGAACAUGAACCGUUCCCUCGCAAACUGCUGCAACGAUAGGAUGCUGCAGGUUUAAUGCACUACUUGUUACAUGCUGUGUCCUAUUGUAUGCAAGUUGUUGUGGUGGCAAUUUAGCAGUAAAAAUAAAGCUAGUUCAGUCUGUCAAAAAUGAUUCCAGAGAGUGUAGUUCAAUGCGUGAUUCGUUCACUAAGUGAUUCAGGCAGUGGUGCAUGUGGUCCCUCACUGCUGGCUGCUGGACUGGCAGUGCUGUUUCUCACUUCAGUUCAACGAAUGACUCGAGGAAGUGAUUCAGUUCAGUACGUGUACUUAAAAGAUUCAGUUCUUUUGAACGAAUCGUUCACGAACGACACAACACUACACUCAGUAGUCUUUGACAUGGCACUUCUUUCACUCUUGUAUCAUGCUGUUUACAAUUGCACCUGUUGAGUUAGUAGCUGGUAACUCAAACUCAAAGUACUUUGGUGAUGUUUUAAUGUACAAAGUGCAUAUUACUUUUAAAUUGCCAACUGAGCAGUGUGUGAGUUUUUUUAAAGUGAAAUAUGAAAUUCAAAAGUGCAAUGGUGGUGUUGUUUUCCAACAAGGUGGCAGCAGAAAGCAAGAAGAUGCUGCAGUGGUUUAAUACAGCAUGCUGGUAAAGGAGUAAAAGACAGUUUGAGAGAAUCAACCCAUUUUUCUUUGUAUAGCAUCAAAUCCUGAUAAAGUUAUAUUACACUGUUCAAAAAAGCAGGUCAAGAGUAAAUUCUUGGUUUUGUUUCUGAAGAUCCAGCAUGGCUUUACCAUGAACAAGAAAAACUCAGACAAGCAGAAACCUCGAACAGAGCCAGACUCUCAUGGCACAGAAUUUUUUUGAAGUCUGGGUUAUUUGUUUCAGAAACUGUGCUUUUUGAAUUUUCCAUAUAGGUGUGCUUCUCCCUGUCAGAUGGGGAGGUGAAUCCUAUAUCUUAUUUAUUGUGUUAAAGAUAACUCAGAGAUAACUUGACUAGGUUGACUUCAGCUUAGUCAGGCCUACAGGAUUGGAUAAAUGAAAACAUGUUUUAAGAAUCAUUAAAAAAAAGUCUCAGUAUGUUGAUAUGAGGAAAGAUCUCUUGUGAUGAUGGUGACAAUGAAGAUUGAAGAUGGCACAGCUGUGUUUGCUAAUGUACUUCAUGUGUGUUUCUGUAAACAGGAUUAAUACAGCUGGUCAGGGGGUGAGGGAGUGAGGAAAAUGAAGGGGUGUCUUUGUUUCAGCCCCCCUUCCCUUUUUAUUUGCUUUAGUUCUGGGUUGUUUUAUAGACAUGAAAGAGAUUUCUAUGACUAUUUCUCUAUAUUUCCAUGGCUGAAAUUCCCUCCUAAAGAGUCGAUUAACCAAUCAGAGUCCCUUAUAGAUAUAAGUGAGCCACUGUUGAUACUGAAGAGUGUUUCUACAGUGAGACAGUAAUCAUUCUGCUUUUUAUUGUAUUCUUUUGAUAACAGAGGAGCUUCUAAGAUCACGAUUGUAGAAUUUGAUUGGACAUACACAGUGAAAAAUAAGCAUUUAAUGGAAAUUUAUCGACUCUCGUUCAUUUUAUUUUGUGUCUUGGCAUAAAAACUGACCAGAAGUGAGGUCAGAUGAUGAAAAGCUUGCUUACUCAAUGAUUGGCUUCAUUGAAUUGUUUGUCCUGAUCAGUCGUAGUUGGUGUAUAAGUCCAUGCAGACACUUCAUACCAUGGUGGAUCGCUCCUCUCUCUGUACAUGUUAAAUCAGGACAGACUGUGAACGAUUGCCAAGAAAGUUUCCUUUGAAACUCCCACAGACUUAUGUUAAAGUCAUAGAGGGAGAAAGUUGAAGUUGUUCGUAGUGUCCCAGUUCAGGGAUAGUUUCCUUUGAAGGACCCCUGCAAGGACUCAGCCUCUGAGGCUUGGACAGACCACUUAGUCUGAAUGAGACUAUUUUAUCGAGCUGUCUGGUUGAAUAACUAAGCUAGCAUCAAAAAACCUUUAAUGUCUUGUUUUUUAAUAUUUGUACCGAUAUUGACUUAAAUUGAAACUGAAUACUGAAGUACUUCACAGCUUAAAGGCCUGUCACUUGUUAGAACAGCUGUGUGAUGAGACAAGUGAUAGGUUGGAUAUUGAAAAAUGUAUUGAGUGGAUUAUUUGCGAGAAUGAGGAGAAAACAACAUCUAGCUCUUGAUGCCACAGCUUGGCCAACCUGGCUGUCAUAUUUUUCUGUCAACAUCACAUGUUGCCUUGGUGCUUUCAGAUGCUUUCUGUCACUGUUUCACAAUCAGGAAUGUUUGGAGUAUGGUUUUUGGCCCAGAGUUGGCUAUUGGCUCAACUAUACUGUUUUUGUCUUUAAAUGAAAAAAAGAUUUUUUUUUUCCAACAAAGGUUUCUUGAUCUGACUGAUCUAUGAAUUUCACACCUGUUUCAACUGAACUGGAUUAAAACGCUUAAGUCUGAAGUUUUGAUCCGUCAUUGGCCAAACCUGCGUCUUUGCAAACUUCUGCUCUCUUUAUUCACAACAUUAAAAACAUGGAUUAUCUGAGUUUAUCACCAGCUGACUAAAUCUGAAACACACACACCAACACUUCUCGUUACCCUCAACACAGACACACAGGCACACACUCACUCACAGCUGUAGAAUAAAGAGUGUGUCUGCUUCUUGCUGAGUCUUUGUCUCCUCGUCAUCUGUGGACUCUUCAUCGGAGAACCAUCCGGCAAACAGCUGACACACACACACACGCACACACACACACACACACACACAUUCAAAUCUGAAGAGGUUUGCUUUGAGAUAAUGUCCUUUGGGUGAGGGUGGGGGUAAGAAUACACAAGGGGGUGUCACCCUUAUAAGACAGGACUCACUGUGACCCUGCUCAGUCUCUAAGCUGGACUCUGAAGGUCCACAAGUUGCUCCCUGUCCUCUAAACUCUGAAACCUGUAUGAUGGACAGAAUGGUAAUGUAGCUAAUGCUAAGCUAACAUUUUCUUUGUACUAUCUAUUGUACUGUAACUGAGUCUGAUCCUGGACCUGCUGGUCUCUAACACUCUUCCUCACCCUCUGUCCUUCCCUCAGAACACGGCAUCCUGGAGAGACCUGGACGAUGCCCACUCCACGCCAUCUGUGGGGACCCCGGGGCCGUCCAGUGGGGGACACGUCUCUCAGAGUGGAGACAACAGCAGCGACCUGGGUAAGAAAAAAGUAUUAUUCAUGUUAUAGCUGACUGAUACAGAAGAUCAAUAAUCAACUGCUGAGACCAUCUGAUCAAUGAAUAUCCUGUUAUAAUUGAUCAUGAGUCUGAUUAUAAUGAUCGCGACAGCUGACUAGUAAUGAUAACUUUUUCUUGAAUAUUUAUUGAAGCUCAACUAAACAAAGAACUUUCUGACAAAUUAAUUGAUUGAUUGAUUGACUGGUUGGUUUUCUCAUUAAUUGAUUAAUUGUUGGUUAGUAGGUUUAUACGCUGAUGAAAUAAUGGAUUGGUUGGCUCGUUUAUUUCUUGACUAAUUGGUUGAUUAAGUGUUUGGUGUGUUGGUUGAUUGAAUGGCUAAUUGAGAAACUGAUUCACUGUAUAUUUAAUUGAUUGAUCAACAAAUUGGUUGGUAGGGUGGUUUCAUUAUUGGUUGGGUCAUAAUUUUGUGGAUUAGUUGGCUAAUGAUUAAUUGUUUGGUUGGUAAAUAGACUGAUUUUGUACAAUGGUGGACUAAUUUGAAAGCUGGUUGGUGAGUUAGUUGAUUGUUUGGUUAAUUGGUUUGUUGGUUGGUUGAUUGAAUGACGGAUGACUUGCUAAGUUGUGUGUUAGCUGAGGUAUUGAUGAAUGUUUGUUCGUUAAUUGGUUUGAUUUGGUUGAUUGGUUUGCUGUUUGUUGUAUUUUUCAGUGGUUUGAUAGAUUAAUAGAUUAGUUUCUCUAUUGGUUGGUUGCUUGUUUGUUUCUUAAGAUAUUUUGGAGCUUUUCACCUUUUAUUUAAGAAAAACAGGACAGCAGAUGGAUCAGGAAAUGUGCUGAGAGAUUGAGGAGGUCAGUGCUGGAAAGAAACCUUGACUUAAAUCAAACCUGAGCCACUCCAGGGGCGUCCUGUUGGUUGGUUAAUCGAUUGAUUGAUUGGUUUGUCUGUUUGGUUGUUUGAUGAUUGACUGUUGAACGUUUGCUUUUGUAAUUCAGGUUAAGAUGUGCUGUAAAUUUGUGCUUUUUUGAUUUUUUCUGUCUUGUUGGUGUUUGAUUCAAGAUUCACCUGGACUAAAGCUUUAUUGGAUUUGGUUGUAGUUAUAUUGAAAGAGAGUUUUUUGUAUUUUGUGUAUUUUUCUCUUUUAAAGACAGUUAACAUCUUCUAUCACAUUUUCUCAAGUGAAUCUUUUGAACCUGCAGACACUGGGGGUGAUUAGCUGUAAAUGUGACACUGUGUAUAUCAUUAAUGAAAUGAUCUUCACAGACAGAUCUUAAUCCUCUCAGCUGGAAUCAUUAAACUUUAAUGAAAGGCUACAGACGGUGGUCACAGCAUGAUGACACCACUCCCUGUGGUUUCACCAAACCUUUAUAUCCAGCAACUUGUGGGAACACAGAGGAGACCAGCUGACCACAGGUUUGAGUCCUGACAGUCCAGAGAUCAGGAUUGGGUCAUGUUGUUGGGCUCCUCUAUGUGUUCUGGUUCAGAGAUGUUGCUCUUUGGUAUUUAACCAAGGGGUUGUGGGGGGUUGUGUGGGCAUCUUGGUGGUCUCAGGACUCAAAGGAAUGUUUGAAUGUUAAAUGUGGUCACAAAGACCUGAGGAGACAAAAGAUCUGCAGUUGCUUUGAGAAUGAAGAGGAAGUGAUGCUGUGGAUCUCUGUGUGUUUGUGUGUGUGUAAACAGAGGCUGGUGAUAGAACCAGGCAAUUAAUCAUGUUUUAAUUAGGAUUGAUUAUGAUCAAUGCUUACGAUUAUGCCUUGCCACAAUCAUAAAAAUAUGACAAGUGAGACUGAGCAAUUACUGCGCCACCUGUUGUGUUGUUUAGACGUCCUUUCCAUUGAAUGAGGCACACCCUCUCUCUCCUUUGAAAGCAGAGUGCAGCCCCUCCCCUCAAACAACUCUCACUCUUACUUCCUCAUAAGCAGCUCAGAUUGAUGUAAAACAAAGUCUGGGAGCACUUGGUUUUUGUAGCUCCAGUCAAGAGUAAUGGUGGACCACUGGUGGCUGGUGUUUGUAACUGUCUGAAAAACAGAGGGACAGAAUUAGCAUGAGGAAAGAGAGGCUCUAGCAAUCAUGAGCGUGGACGAGCAUAGACAUAAUAUACAUAGACACAUUAUAGACUGAUGCUGCCUAUUUGAGCUCAUGUAUCAGUGUGGCCGCCAUCUUGGAUGUGUGCCCCCAGUCCAUUUAUCUCUAUUGAGGAAGGUAGGAAUUCCCAACUACAUUAAUCAUAACUUCCCGAAAGUUUGUUAAAAACGACAGAGAUGUAGUUAUGAUGCAGGAUGCUGUCACACAUUAAAAGUAAUCUAAAUUAGUUUCAAAUUUUACUUGUGAAAUGUAAUUCUAUGUGAUCUGGUUUUUAUACUGCUUAGGUUUUUUUCGACUGUAGGGUGCAAAAAAAACGGCCAUAAUUGUGCAUUCUUCGGUGAUUCUGUUUGGCUCUAAUGUGAGCCUAGAAUGAGGAGACCCAUCCAAUAUGGCAGAGAUGCUGGAUUACGCUCCAGCACGCAAUUCAGGGUUAUGGUAAGGAUUAGGAUUAGGGUUAGGAGAUUCAGAAGUGCGAUAAUGUUCUAUAAUGUUCUGUUCGAUGUACAGAGCCGACAGACCGCGUUUGGCUUUAGCAUCUGAUGACGUUUCCAGCUUUUCUAGCCAAUCAGAGACGAAGGAGGCGGGACUUUCUCCUACCAUCCUACAAAAAAAAAAAAAAUUGCUUCCAGCACGUAACAAGGCAUCUGCAUAUAUUAUGUAUUAUAUGAUGAAUGAGCACCAAUAAGCUAACUACUGCUGGGCUAAAGUGAGAGACAUCUUUCAGGAUCAUAACAAAGGUUAUAAAUGAUACUCUAUAAAAGCUUAAAAAAAGGACUGAAUGAUUUGUUAGACCUGCUUUUGACAUAGUUUAAAAAUUUAGUGCCAGAAUUAAGUCCAAAUUUCUAAAGUGAAGAAUUGGUGCAAGGUCUCUUUCAGUAGAAGUAAGUUUUAGAAAAUGUACAUCAUCUAGUUAGACAGACAAACAGACAGACAGAUAGACAGAUGGGCAAAACUGUUUUGUUUACCACAUAUUGUGUUUUUCAAAGAAUGAAGAACUUUUAGGUUUAAAAAGGUUUUAAGUUUCUUUAAUGUGUGAUGUAGCUGACAAUCCAUAGGUUAGUGAUUUUAGUAAUUGUAAUAUCAACAUCAAAUCAAAAUAAUCAUCAUUCUGUUUUUUGACCAGUAUCAAGCUGCUCUAGCUGACGAUGAUUCCUGAUUUAAUCUGAGCACAGGGAUGGUUACAGAUUAUUGGAUCUAUUCAGUUUAAUUCAAAUUUAUGGAUUGUAUGUAUGACACUCAUUCAGAAAUAGUCAGUGAGCUGAUGACUUAGUUCAAAGUCAUCAUGGUCAGACAGGGUGGUUUUUCACAUUUUUUUCAUCUGUUUAAAUGCUGGAACUCCUCACCUCUGUGCAACGAGAGAUUAAAUGUCAAAACUGUUUUAUGCUCUCUGUUCUUUGGAUUGUUUGUCUUCACACCUCCCAUUCAGCGUCUUUAAUAUUCACCUCCUCGCUCAGAGCAGAAACAUCCACUCAGAGCUGUGCAUCGUGGGUAAUAAGGGGAGGGGCCCGCAGAUGUCAUCAUGAUGGAUUUGUGCCCUGCUGAGCUCAUUAGACGAGCCGUGUUAGUUUUACAUCACCGAUACAGUCGAGAGCGCCGCAAUCAGUUCAGCUAGCCGCUACGCCAUCCGUCUUAUACUGCAGACACGAGGUAAUAUCUAUCAGAGAGAGAGCAGACUGAGAGCACACAGCAGAUACCUACAGAACAACUCUGAGAGACAUAAAGAGAGGAUAUAUCACCAUAUCUGAAAAAUAAACAACAUAUAUCGCAACAAUACCAGAUUAUAGGAACCAGAUAUUCUCUGAAGACAGGACGAAAUGAAAUCUGAAACAAAAAUACAGUUCAAAUGUGUACAAUCAGACAAAAUAGACUGUUAGAAAUUCCUCUUAAAGACACAAACACCUGUCUUCUGAGAGAGCUGUGAGACUAUAGUGAGGCAUGCAAACACAAAGAUCAGGAGCAGGGGAAAUGUAUAACCACACUUAGAGAAUUACAAAAAUAUCUGAACUAGAGCUGUAACCUGGCUGACAAAAAAUAAAGUCAUAGUCAAACUGUGUCCCUAUAUUAUUGAAUUUUUCUUUCCAAACAUCACUGUGUCUCCACAGAUUGUAUUUAUCAUUUAUAUCAGAAUAAAACAGCUGUUUUAUUGAACAUAUCUUGAAAUCAAUUUCAACAGACAGCUAUUCUUUUUUAUAAACAAAAUAUUAAAGAUUUAUAUUUACAACCAUUUCUAAAAUGCAUAACAUAGAGGGACACUUCAUACUGUCCAUCACAAAAUAAUAGUCUUUUUAAAUUGAAUAAAGAUCUGUACUGACAGCAGCAACAAAAGGCUGAGCACAUAAACAUAAUUGCAUUAUUUUAAUCAUGCAGUUUGAGCAGCACUUGAAAAUUACCACCAAAAUAAAAAAUAAAAAAUCCUAUUCCUAAUUUCUCAUAGAGGAUUCAACUUUGGACAUAAAACAUGUUCAAUAUAGAUUUUUUUUAAAUAAAAAUGGAGGAACAGUUGAGUAUGAAACAGCUAUAAACUGAACAAAAGAGUGUUACAUCUCAGUUUAAAACUUUUAAGACGGAAUCAAAGGUUGAAACAAUUCAUGUGUUCAGUAUUAAAUACUUCUAAAAAGAGUAAAACCUCAACCAGGAACACUAACAAGGAUGUAAUGCUGACAUUGAUUUUGAAACAGGGACCUAUAGGCUAAAAAGGUUUUUAGGGUGAAAGCACGUCAGGAAUGAUGGGAUGGUCGACUAAGCCUUUUUAGGUCUGAGUUGACUCUGUCUCACUGGUACCAUAAUUUUAGUUGCUGUGUCUGUGAGAUACUGUUUGAGAAUCUCCAUUAAAUAUGAACAGUGAAGUCUGGUCUAAACAUUAACUUUUAAUUUAUUUUUAAAAAAGUCAGCAAAAACCUGUUAAUUUUAAAUCAGUUUUUUCAGCUUUUAAAUCAGCUUUUCAAUGGUGGUUAUAGUUGUCUUAAUUUGAUGAAAAAAUGCACACUGUGAAGGUUUACCUGUUAAAAAAUCUGAAAAUAAGAGACGUUUUAAGAGUUCCGAAAAAAAAAAAGUUACCGUAAAAAAAUUUUUUUGUAAAAGAAUAAAAUGAAACAGAUCAGGUUGAAAUGAAAUGUAUCAAACAGAGUCAUCCUGUGCAGAGAGGAAGAGUCUCUUCAUACCUCGGGGUGAUGUUUUUUCUUUUCCACCCCCAGGGCAUCACUCCAGCAACCCCCCGGGUAAUACACCCCCCAACCCCCCUCGCUAUAGGGUGACGCGUGCAGACACAGCAUGCAGAGUGUGUGUGUGUGUGUGUGUGUGUGCGCGCGCGCCGAGCAGUGCUGGACUCUGAGCAUCUCUGUUAGACGGUGGAGCUGCAGAGAACAGUCAGAACAGAUUAGUGUUUCUGAAGAUCUGCCCUGCGGCUCUAACCCCCUCCCCUCAACCCCCCCAUCACUACAGGAUUGGGGUGGGGGGGGGGCAGCAUGUCCUCCUCAGAUAUAAUUAGGACGAGAGACUGUGUUUGUUCUUCUUUCUUUUGGUUUAUUUCUGUUUUCACAUCCAAGCUAAACUGUAUGUUCCAAAUCCUAUAUCAAUAAUGAAACUUAAACUUCAUUGUUGAGUCCACGGUUAGAGUUUUCUAAAAGAUGAGCUCACACCUGCUCAUCAGUUACAUCAGCACCCUUUAAACAAUAAUCAAUAAGAUUGACCUGAUCGUCACUUUCCAUUUCAACUCUGAGUGAACUGAACUCUGAUCAUCACGCUGAGAUCAUGCUGGUCUUUGAGUUCAGGAUGUUAUUUGAAGUUUGUUUGUAUUGUUCACUGCAUUUCAGUAACUGAAUAUUUUAUGAUGGCAUUACAGUUUAAGUCUGUAACUGAGCCAGUCAAUUCUGUUAAGACUAAAACAAACACUCAAUUUAAACUAGUUUAACCAGUUCAUCACCAGCCAUGCACAGUUAUAACAUCAACAUGUUGGAAACUCUUUUGUAUUUAUAGAUAUAUUAAUGAAUCAUGUAUUUUAGGGGUGACAAAAAAAGGACAAAAAAUGUUAUGCUGAGAGGUAGGACAAAGAGGAAGCAGCAGUGGUGAUGCAACCUGCUAGCUAGCUACUUGUAGCCAGCAGCCCUCAGAAAAAUUAAUGUUCAAAAAUUUAUUGGGAUAAAAAAAAAAAAAAAGCCUCUUUGGGUGGCUGAUUUAUACUUUUUAUUUACACUGAAGCUGCUUUCAUUCAAUUCCAUAAAUUAAAAAUUGUAUGGAAAUAGAGUGAAGCUUUUUUCAAAAUAAAAGCACAUUUUAAAGUCAAGGACUUAUCUCCCAUUCCUCAAUUGGAUGUCCAGAGUUGGUCCUGUUUUUGUUGAAGCUUUCUCUGGUACGUUGCCUGGGUUUGUCUUAUGUUUGUCAAGAUGGAUGGAUGGAUGGAUAGAUGGAUAGAUGGAUAGAUAGAUAGAUAGAUAGAUACUUUAUUAAUUCCAGAGGGAAACUCAAAUGCAGUUGCCCAGACUUUUACCUGUAUUUGCCUGGUAGUUUUGCAUAUCCUUUUUGCGGUAUUUGUCAGGGGUUUGCUCUGUUUUCUACAACUAUAUGUGAAGUUGUCCAGGGUUUAUCCUGUUUUAUAAUUUUUUCAUGGUUUGUCCCGUAUUUGUCUAUGACUGUCCUGGAUUUUUUCUAAGGUGUGUCCAAUACUUUUCUAAAUGUCCUUUGAUAGUUAUCAAUGGUUGGUUGUGUAUUUUUCUAGGGGGUUUCAAGGGGUCUUUAAAGACUUUUAAAGAGUCAAAUUCUGUAUAUCCGAUUGUAUUGACGUUGUGAGUCCAGCUGGACCAGCCAACUCUGCUCAGACUACAAGUUUUAGGCUGUGUCCGAAAUGGAUCCCUAACCCCUAUACAGGCGACUAUAUGGGGGUUAGCGCCAUUUUGAGGGGUGUCCGAAACCUGAGUGAUCAAUUCUAAUGCCCCAUAUAGGUGAGUCAAAAUUUCCCAUAAGGCAUUGCAAAAUGUAGUGACCAUCCGAUGGUGGUGGGAAUGCAUUGCAUCUCCAGCAGCAACAUCACAACGGUAGUGUCCGAAACCCUCCGGUAAUUGAGCUCAAUACAUAGUCAGCUAUGUGGUGAAACCCCAUAUGGGGGUUAGGGGUUAGGGAUUGAGUGAUUCAUUUCAGACACAGCCUUAAAUUUACUGCUGAGAUAGACUAGUAUCGGAUUCAAAUGGAAACAGACAGCUAAACUAGAAAUGAACAUUUGUUUUGGAUGAAGAGUUUAUUGAAGCAUGUUGUGGCAGUAAGACAGCCAGAGGACAAACAUGUCCCUGUUAGAGGACAGACUUAGAGUGAACCUGGACCAUGACUCUGAUCUGGACGCCAUCCGUCUGAACUCCCACCGCCCCCCGAGCCCUCGAGCUCACAACACUUCCUCUUUAAAGUCAAUAUUCAUCAGCUGAAAUAUUUAUGCAUGAAUAUGGCUCAUAUAGGCUCGUUUGAUUGAUGCUUCUCCAAAAACAAAAAGACAUGCUCGGGCCAGUCUUAAGAAAAGUCGAGUCUCUGUCCCGCCUCGGGGGAGGAGUCUCUCAGAUGCAUUAUUCACACGCCCUGCAGGCAGGCUUUCAAGGCUGCUCUGCCCUGAGGGCCCCGAAACAACCAGCACGUAACAGAAAAUCAUCUCUGCUGAUGCACAAUUAAUGCAGAGAGGAAGAGGAGGAGGAGAAUCUUCCUCACUUUCACCACUCUGCUCCUUUGACUCUCUCCUCUUCCUCUCUUUUCCUGUUCAGAGUGGAGGAGGACACCCCCCACCCCUCAUUCUGGGUUCUGGGUCAUCUCCCUAAAUGAACCUCAGACAUCUCUGUGUUUACUGUGAUCGUCCCCUUCCCUGUUAUUGUUUGUUAUUGCCGUUUUCUUCCUCUUCUUCUUCUUUCUUGUUUUUGUUUGUCUUCUUCCUCUUCGGAGUAAGUGGUGAGUUUGAGGUCACACAGAAAGAAUCGUCGGUCUGAGCGCUCAUUACUUCCUGUCAGCCCCUAACGCUCUCAUUACCUCAUGUCAAACGCUCGGCUCACAUUGAGUUAAUAGCUGCGGUUUCAGACUCGUCGCGGUUCUGCAGGGACCGCAGCAAGGAGGGAGGUGAGAGGAUGAUGGAGGUUAGAUCUCCCUCAUCUCAUGACUCUUCCUUUCUCUGAUCGCAGGAGAUGGCCUUGACCACAGCCUGGCAUCGCCGGGGACGGGAGACGAGGAUGACCAGGACAAGAAGAGGCAGAAGAAGAGGGGGAUCUUUCCUAAAGUGGCCACGAACAUCAUGAGAGCGUGGCUGUUCCAGCACCUCACAGUAAGAGAAACACCAGAUCAUGUCACACUGAUCCUGAGAGCCGAUUAGAUCCAGUUUGUCUGAUCCCAAAAUUAACAAGAUCAUAUUAGUCCUAUUGUAAAAUGACCAGGUACUGAUAGACUGAUCCUUGGAGUCCAAUCCAGUGUAGCUGAUCACAGCCUCUUAGUCUGAAUUUGUAACUCUAAUCCUGUUGGUCUAAUAAUUUUCAUUUGAUAUAUUAGUCUUAUUGUAUUGGUUCGAUCCUGUUGGCUGAACCUAAGACCAACUGGAUUUGGUUAUAAUCCUGUCUUAUUACCCUGAUCUUGCAAAUCUGAUUUGGUGAAUCUUUUCAUAUGGUUUGUCCUGAAUUUGUUCAGUAUGUCGUGUAUUCAAACUUUUUAUUUCCAGUUUUCUCUGAAUUUGUCCAGUAGUUGUCCAGAGUUUUUCUUGUAUUCAUCAAAGAUUUUUCCUUUCUAUUUUUUUUUCUUUCUGCAGUAGUUCCCACCUACAAUUGUAGUUUUUCCAGUAGUCUUCCAAAGUUUUUCCUCUACCUGUCAAUGGUUGGUCUGGUGUUUUCUUGGAGUUAGUCCAGUGUUGAAAGUUUUUUCUGCUAUGGUCUAGAUUUUGUCCAGCAGUUCUUCAGAGGUAGUCAUGUAGUAGUCCAGCAGUCUUUGACCAGGAUUAGUCCUGUAUUUGUUUAGGUUUUGUCUAGGCCUGCACGAUAUAUUGUUUGAGCAUCGUCAUCGCAAUGUACAUGUGUGCGGUAGUCACAUUGCAGAGCCUGCGAUGUAGGAGGCGAAUGAACUCAUCUAAUUUCAAGGGUAGCUGACUGAGAUACACUGCAUGUGACUCUGCAUGUCCUGUGCAGCAAUCCACUCAUUCUUUACUCAGUUGCCAAUCAGACUACCCUGCCAGCCGUCAAUCAAAAUCAGAGAGGAGGAAACCACGCCCCUGCACUUGGAUUGAGUCGUGGCGCUGCCGGUGUUGAGCCAAGAAACGCGUACCCGCUGGGAAUUACUUUCGGAGCAUUACUCAUCACUGUUUAGCCCCACAAAUAAUAAUUGUAUGGAUUUUAAAAUGUACAUUUCUGUGGACCACUCUACUAUAAGCAGUGCGCGUUUCUGCGAGGUGCAUGCAAUUCUCGGCAAGCAUGCGUUUCUCAGCACAACACCAGUAACAACAACAACAAUUUAAAAAUGAGCAUCGAACAAGAGAAAACCACUGAAAUUAAGACUUAUUGCCAAAAAGAAAAGCAAUGUCAGUUAUCUGGAAUUAUUUCAGUUACUAGAAGGAUGAUGUCGACCAAACACAUGGUCUGUCAGCAUAUCCCAAUAUAUAUCGCAGGGUUGAAAAAAAUUGCAAUGCUUGUUUUUCCAAUAUUUUGCAGUCUUAGUUUUGUCCAGUGUUUUUCUAUUUAAUUUGAGAUUUUAUUUGAUUUUCCAAGGUUUGUUUGGUGUUAAUGCAAUCGUUUUUUGAUUACUGACUAAAUAGUCCAGGGUGUGUCAUGAAAUUUUUAAGGUUUCGUAUUUUUUGCCCAUGUUUGUACAAAGCUGAAGCAGAGUUUGUUCAGUAUUAUAUAUAUUUUAUCCCAGUGCUGUCAGGGGUUAAUCACAGUGUGUAUAAUGUGAGGGCAGUACAUUUCAAGUGUUUGUUGAGGAUAUGUAAAUCGCGUUUUUAGGGUUUGUAACGGUAUUUGGUGUUUGUACAAUGCUCUCUCAGGCUUUGUAUACUGUUUGACUGAGAACACCAUUAGCAGCAGUAGCAGCGCUCAGAGCUUUGUAGGCCGGUCCCGAGGAGCAGAGCUUUAGCUUUUAUCCUUGGUCUGAAGAUACUGCCGCUGCAGUGUUCUCAGUCCUUAGAUGCUUUCACUUUAUUUAAGGCCCAUACAGGUCCAGAUGUCGCAAUGAUCCUUUUUUUUUUCCAAAGGCCACCCUCAGGUUUUCAGAUCAAAAAGCAGGAUAAUUGAAUUAUCCCCUCUGUGCUCCUCUUUCAGGGCUAAUUUGUGAAGCAGAAGUGUUUUUUGGGGCAGGAUGUGUCUGAACGAUGAGGGGGGACUCUGAAAGGUUCUCUGCAACACCAAAGUGAUGCAGCAUUCACGGGUGUGAAAGGAGAAGAGUUAUAUUUUGUGAGACGCUGCAGUGUUUGUGUGUGUGUGUCAGGGGGAGGGGAUGUUCUUCUUUUAUGGUCCUUUUUGAAGAGUCCCACAGAUCUCCUCUGAGGAAGUAGCUGUGAAAGGUUCAAGGUUCAUUAUAUCCUUCAUAAUAAGCUCCUUGGUUUCGAUGCCGUCCCGCAUUCCUCUUCUUCAAACACCAAAUCUAAGUCUGAGUCAAAGGAUAACACCUCAACACAGAGAGCACCCAUGUCAGAGUCACUGAAACCUGAUUAUUCAAAUACCUGUCUAUCUGUGAUGUGAAUUGUCUGUAUCAUCUUUUGUAAUAAGCUUAAUGAAAGCAUCAAUCCUGUUCCAUCUCGACAAAAAGUCCCAGUCAUAACAGAUUGAGUUUAAACCUCUGAAUAUCCAGGGGGUCUUUUCCUUGUUAAAAAAUGAAGGGUGUUCCCCCUCGCUGUUGUCCAUAGCAACAGUGAAGGUGGAGCAGACAACAUAUUUUUGAUCAACUUUUGGACUUGUAGAAGACAAAUUCAGUCACAAAUUUGAUGAGUGGUUAGGUCCUUUUCUUAAAAACUGAAGAAAUGAUCUGUGAUUAUUCCUGAAGACUUUUUAUUAUUGAACAUAAAUUACAGUCACAAAAAGAGUUUUGCCCAUAUAGGAGAAAUAAGUUUGAAAGUCAUGCUCAGGUGUCUCACUGCAAGUUUGUGGACAAUGGGGUUAUUUUCUUUAAAAUCUUUUCAACUGUUUGUAUUUUUUUUUUCAUUUAACAGUGUCAGUCAUAUUUGAACUAAAGCUUUUGGUAUUCCUGACCAAGUGAAUUCUGACUGUUUUUGUCCCUCCUAGCAUCCAUACCCGUCAGAGGAACAGAAAAAGCAGCUUGCACAGGACACGGGCCUCACCAUCCUGCAGGUCAACAACUGGUGAGACACACACACACACACAACCACACUGAUUUUUCUUUUUUUUCACCAGAUCAGAAAAGUCUAAAAAGGAAUCUGGAUUAAUACAUUUUAGUGGUUUUACUCAAUGUGGGAGUCUUUUUGUUGUUGUUACACUACUAAGAGUACAACACUUACAGAGGGGAAUGUUUAAAUGUUCACUUGCUCACCCCUCCUAUCAGUAAUUUGACAGUGGCCUUUAAGGACAAAAAGCUGCUGUGACUCAUAAAAAGUAUGAAUCUCCAUUUGUCAACAAAAAGUGUAUAAAAGCUAAAUUAUUUGUAUAGAUUAAAGUCAGUAUUCACUGUUUUAGACGAACUUUGGAAUAUCAUAUUACAAUAUUUAUAUUACACCAUUUAAAUCUUUUUUAAACACAAAGUUUCUAUGUUUUAUUAAGCAUAAAAAUUAGGUAUUUAUCCGUAUUGAACUGUUGGGUCACAUUGCUGAUCAGUUUAUCUGUGCACACCCACAGCUUUGUCAAAAUCAACAGGAUAUCGCUGAAUAGCACUGUUUUAACUGUGCUGGAUGUGUUGAUACUAUAAACAAAUCUAUACAUUACAUAAAUAUUUAAAGCACACACCUUAUUCUGUCUGAGAGAUCCAUGUGUGGAUUACGUGGGAUGUGAGGUGACACCUACAUCACCUCACUUCUAAAUGCCUCAUGAUUUAAUCUGGGGUCGGCUCAAAUGAUCAAUGAUCCAGAUCACAGCUUUAUUGCCCUGAUAUUUAACAGUUUGUACCUGUCUCAUGUUUUUGUCUCAUCUGAUUAAACAUACCUGAGUGAAGACUAGCUGAUGGAUCAACCCUCUGAUCGCCUCAGGCCACUCUGAACUCUAAUCAAUACUUUUUAAACUGGCCCUCAUAUCGUAUUGAUCUCACACACAAAGCGAAGAGACUGACUGUAUAAACAGUGAUUGACAUGAUAGGGGGCGAGGCUUUCCUUGUGCAGUCAUGUGGUUAAAAAAAGUAAUAAAAUAUUUUUUCCCUUUGAAAUGUUUCAGAAGAUUUUGAUCUUCCAUUUCUAUGCAAACGAAAGAUUUUGUAUUUUAAAGAUGAAUUUCUUUAACUGAGCUGCCUUUGGUCUUUGUCUUUCUGCACCCUCACAUCUGUGCAUAGGGCUGGGCGAUAUGGCCUCAAAUCAAUAUCACGAUAGAUUAAGCAGUUCACCUCAAUAAUGAUAAAUGGACGAUAACUACUCCACAAGCUGCUCACCCCCCUCCCACAUUAACUUCGUCGACUUCAGCCACUACAACUUUUGAACCGUCCUCCACCUCCUCACCUGUCUUUCCUUCUUUGUCACAGACUGGAUGAGGUGGAGUCACCUCUCUGAAGUAGGACAGCGUCUUAAAGGGACAUGAGACCAUAGCCUACCUACACACAUCCAAAACUAACUUUUCUUUAUUAAUUUUUUUGACAAGGAAUAUAUUGACAUGGGCAAAAUGACAUCAGUUAUUGUUGUAAAUUUCAGUAUCUGUAAAUUUUCGGUUUAUCGCUCAGCCCUAUAUGGGUAGGUUAUGAAACUCUGAACAAUCCUAUGGAAAGUUUUAUGAUUAGAACAUAAAUAAAAAGUGAUUUUUGGUUUAUUGCAUGAUCUUUCCCAUCAUGCUUUAAGAGUGGAAUAAAUAACAGGUUUUACUGCGUAGGUUUAAUUAUUUUCUUUUUGAUUCCUCAGGUUCAUUAAUGCGAGGAGGAGAAUAGUCCAGCCGAUGAUUGAUCAGUCCAACAGAGCAGGUAAAUCUGAAGUAUUCUGGUAACAGAUAAAUAGUCUGCAGGUCCUCAGAAAUAUCAGUAUAAUUAGAUUAUCGUGUUAUAAAUGUGUCUGAAUGAAGAGAUGUGCCUCUAUCUAAAGGAUAUUAGUACUUGACUAAAUGUCUUAUAGUGUUCCUCCUCUUAGGAUGUGUGCAUAGUCAUAUUCAUAUGAUCUGAAAACCUUAAACUUGUCCAGGUGAGCUGCAUGUGUGAACGCAAACACCUGAAAUACCAUCCAGACAUGACUCUGACUUUUUCUGCAGCUUCCUAUUAAAACUUCUACAGCAGGAAAUAUACAGGCAAAAUAACUGCUAAUGAAUGGAUAGGGAUAUCAUGUGGUGGGUUUGUGCUGAACGGCAUGUAACAAGGUCAAUGAAAAGUCCUAAGGAUGAGGAAGAAGAAUUAUUUUCAAGAUGAGAACAACAAAGAGAUCCACACAGAUGUUCAUUCACUUGUAGUAUUGAUACUGAAGUAAAAAUCGUCAUCAAAGAGUCGGUCUAGAGGCUUUCAUGGCUUUUGAUGUCAUAUUCUGCCUCCUGAGACGCAGCCCCUGUUCCCGCUCAUGUCUGACAGAGAAAACUUCCUGCUGUGAGGGAUGUGUGUGAUCAAGAACUCGAACAAAUUACCAGAAGUGUAUUUGUGAAAGAGGCUGGUGUCAAUAUGUGAGAUUUUGGGAUAAUUUCCAGACAUUCAGCCCCUAAUGUUGUGAUUUGGGAAUGCUUUUGGCACACACGGGGAGGCUGCAGAGGAAAGUCAACUCAAAGGGAGAAGAUCCAGAUAUCAGUGUUCAAAUUACAGCUCACCUGGAUUAAGUCUGGCAUGCACUUCAACUGGUGCUUGACUUUAUUGUGCGUGCAAACGUACUGAAUGUGCCCCUCUUUCUUUCUCUUAGUGAGUCAGGGUAACGCCUACAGCCCAGACGGUCAGCCAAUGGGAGGCUUUAUUCUGGAUGGACAGCAGCACAUGGGCCUCAGAGGAGGUGAGACUCACAGAGAACAUUUGCCAAAACUCUGUCUUUUGCUUCAGCCCAGAUUCUGGUUUCAGGGGUUGAACUUGCACUUUACUGUCCAUUAGCUAGAAAGAGUCUUUUUUUGAAGGCUUUUUCAGUGUUUUCAAUGUUGUGUUGUAUCCUCAUGUUCAUUCUAUCCCUCUGUCUAAAGCUAUUUUCUAUACAUGAUGUUUUUUUCUCACCCUAAUUUUCUCUGUCCACGUUGUUUUUGGUCCUCAUGAUGUCUAUACUCAUGUUUUUAUUCACCUCUAUGUUGUUUAGUGUCCUUUUAUUUUUUUAAACUGAUUUUCCUCCCCAUACUUGUGUUCUCAACAGGCCCUUUGUCCUCAUACUUUUCCCUGUUCUCAUGUUUUGGUCCUCAUCUUGUUCCCUCCCUGUCAUGUUGAUAUCCUCUGUUGUGUCAUGUCUUUUCUGUCCUCAUGUGGUUUCCUGUCCCUCUGUUGUUGUCUGUCUUUAUUUCUGUUGCCCUUUUUAUGUAUUUUAUGUUCCUUGUCCUUAUAUUUUUACUCCUUACUGUUGAGACUAUCAUCAUGUCCAAAUCAUGUUCUCUCUUCUUCAUUUUCCUCUGUUUUCAUGUUGUAUUUGUCUUUUUCCUAAUUCUUGUCCUAAUUUUACUUUGUACCCGUCUUUUAUUCCCUCAUGUUGUUUCUAUUACAGUUUCGUCUUGUUUCCAUCCCUGCAGUGUUUCCUUUUCUCAUUUUUUCUGCUCUUUCAUUCCUCUUCUCUCUCCAUUGUUAUUUCGUCCUCAUAGCUUUUCCAUAUUCUCAUGUUUCUUUGUCGCUGUGAUGGUCCUCAUCUUUAAGGUAUCUUGCAUCUUUUUUUUUCUGCAUCAUUCCUCCGUCCUUACACUGUUUUCUGUCCUUUGUUUUUUCUUUGUCUGUAUGGUCAUCCAUCCUGAUUCUAUUUUGUCCUUCAUGUCCUUUUUUGUCGCUUCCUAUUAAAAUAUAAACAAGUUUUUCUUUUUUUGGGGUCUCUUAUGGUUUCAUGUCUGAAUUUUAGUCACUGACCUUGUUCAGUUUCCUCGCUUAUGUUAUCCCCUUUCUUUCUCAGGUCCGAUGGGAGGGAUGGGGAUGAACAUGGGGAUGGAUGGACAGUGGCACUACAUGUAGACCAGCACACUGAGGCUUGAAUCUCUCACAGGGGAAAGUAAGUCAAACUCUUCUCAUUCACUGUUGCGUAUAAUGUUUCUUCUUCCUCACUCUGAUAUUGAUUAUGUUCACAUUUUACUCAUAGUUUCCUCUUACAGGUGACUUUUAGUGUCUCAGUGGGAUGUGUUCUUUUAGUCCACUAAAACCCAACUGGUUCUUAAAUCAUGAAUCUGUUGUUUCUAACGUAAAAAAUGAAGAUACAACAACUCUUCCCUCUGUAUAAAAACCCUUCAUGGACAUUUUCCUCUCUGCCUCAUGAUACUCGUCUUCCUCUAAACCCCCACAGUCUGAUUAAGAACCGCACCCCCCGUCUCUGACAGGUGUAAAUGAAGACGUAUGGUGAGCCGGAGGCGUGCAGCUCUCUGAGUUUUAUUUAAGAGCCGCUGAGCUCAAUGAGCCUCGCUGUAAUGACACUCUGAGUGAUUAAUAGAGCUCUUUAUAUGGAAAUAAGACACACAUGUAUCUCCGCACAGACCCCCACCCUGUCUGAUACCCCCCCAUGUCUGAUAAACCCCCUUCCAAAUGCUAAUGAUAUAGAUCCUGAUGCCUCCCUAGACACAUAAAGAAAUGUGUAAAAUCUGCCUUGGUAUUGAAUUUGAUGUGAUAAUUUCUCCGCUGGAUCAUUAAACAGUAAAAUCUCAGUGCAGCUGUUAUUUUUGUAGAAGUGUGACACCGUCGUUCUGAAUGUAAAUCUCUGCAGGACAGCGGCCAUGUUUAAAGUCACAUCAUUAGCUUCCACGCACAAUAAAUCCAGAGUCAUAACAUUUAAAUACAUGAGUGAAUAUACACUAUUACAGCAUAUGUUUAUUAUUACACGUUUUACAACAUAGUUUGUCCAGAGAGGAGAGGAGAGGGCCAAGAGCUGCUUCAUCAGAAUAAAAAUUUGGCACUGAUAAUGCGAUGGAAGUAGAUUCUUACACGUCUCAAUCUGCUGGUAAUUAUCUGAUUAUAGAAAAAUAUAUUUUUACCUUUUGUGCCUCGUUGACCGCCUUAAGCCUGCAGUUUCAGUCAUUAUUUUCCUCCCCUUUCUGCUUGAUUCACUAGCUGAGGCUGUGGCUUCAUAUUCCUCAAACGUCACAUCAAAAUAAAGCCAUGGAUAUGUUAUUUCAGCUAGAUGUGCCACUCACCUUCAUGAAAAAAAGUAGAGAUCCCGAAGCGUCCCCAAUCAUUUAUGUUGAUGUUGACCCGGCUUUUUAGCUCUUGUCCGGUCUACCUCUUUUUUAAACGUCCGUUAUUCCACCAGAGUCUUCGGUAUUUUCUUCGUUUUCUUGCUUGUGUUGGCAGUCAUGGCCAAAGGAGGAUUCAGACAAUUUUCUGUACUUUCUGGUAGGUUUCUACUGUCCGAUGUUGUAACAUGCUAACUUUGUUUGGGCUUGUGAACAACAAGAGGGAGCAGUGUCUGAAUGGCUUUGUUUACAGUCAGAAAGAGCGGACCGCUCAAAAAAUUUAAAAUGUUGACUACACAGACAUAACAAAACACAGUGAUGUCGUUAUAUUACCAAAUGUCAUCAAUAACUAAUAGAUAUUGACUAAUAUUAAAAAGCUUUUUUGUUUAUACACCACAAAAAAAGAUGCUUCUUUAAGAGAAUCCUGUCUACUCCACCUUUAAGUCUGUUCUCAUAUUUUGUGAUAACUGUUGAGAGGAAGUGUAAAUACCUCUGGUCCACUUUGCAGUUCAAAUAAAUGACACUUCUCCACACCACUACCCUCUGCCUCUGUCUGUGUCUGCAGGUCUCCAUGGUGACUCAGGGAUCUUCUUCCAUCAAGCUGUGGGCUCAGAACCAGCACCUCCGCCCCCCUUCAACUGAUCCACACCUUAUCAAACGGACCCCAAACAACACCCACUCUCACCUGAUCGUCCCACUGAACCCCUGUCUAAUCAAGUGGACCCACAUCCAACCAGGUGCUGCAGAAUCACCAUGGAAACCCCCUCCCCUCCCUGCACACUUAAAACAGACUGGGCAGAGAUAGUGAGAGGACGACUCACUCUUCUACAUUUACCUUAAAUUAUUUAUUUAUUUUUUUACUGGAGGGUUGGGGUUUGGGGGAUCCUGCUCUGAAUUUGGUCUUCUUCUUCUUUUGGUCAAGUUUUACCCCCCCCCAGUCCCUGUAAGGAGACUCUCCCUUUGUAGGACAGGAACACUGUGGGAUUGGUUUAACAAAAUAAGAGCCUCUGUCAGCUGUGUUGUGGUGUUGUAUAAACGUUUAUGUGUGAUGUUAGAGUGACCUUUGACCUUUGACACUGACACGUUUUCUAAAGCAGAUUUGUACAAAACACUAUGUAAAUGUUUGUGUUCAUCACUUCUUAUAAACAGGACCGACUUUGAACUGUUUUUUUUAGCACAGGGUCUGCACUCACACCGAAUAAACAUUCUCUGAGGAGCAGUGCGGUGUUUGAUUGUGAAGGGGGUUACGGGUUACUUCCUGCAGCCUUGAGCAGAUUCUCAUCCAAGGAUGGAGUGAUCGGGUGGUGACCUUUGGGCUUGAGAAGUGAAGCCGAAGCAAAGUGCUAAAUACUGCAGUUCCCUGAGUGUCCACUAGAGGCUGGCUGCAGAAGCGUCAGAAACCACCAUCGACAGUAUAUAGAACGGACAGGGUCUGCCUCCUCGCUGGGUGAAGCCACUCCGAGAACAGCACCCUCUGGUGACAGGCUGCAGUAUAGGUCAUAAAUCCCGCCUCCACCAGCAAAGCUUAUGGAGAUGUGGACAAACUUUAGAAAUUUAUUACACAUUUUUUCCCCCCUGGUUGCAAUGUUGACAUGUAGUUACUGUAAGACUGGUUUGUGCUCAAGUCAUCUUUCUUCUGUGCAGCUCCAUUUUUAAGAGUUAUUAGGGGGUUCAUGUUUUCUAUGAUUGACACUUGAUACAGCCUAUAGGCGUACAAAGAUUGCGCAGCUCACCCGGGUGAUAUGCUGUUUGAGCCGAGCGUCAUCACAGCAACUCUCCAGCCCAAUGCGGAUGGUCACCACAUUUUGCAAUGCUUUAUGGGAAAUUUUGAGUCGCCUACAUAGGGCAUUGGAAUUGAUCACUCAGGUUUCGGACACCCUUCAAAAUGGCGCCAACCUCCCAUAUAGUCACCUAUAUAGGGGUUAGGGAUCC